GACCUUCAUGUAGCUGACCUAGACAAAUAGGCGCUUAUUACUGAAUACUUUAGUUGAUAGGAUUUUAUGUGACGUAAUCUAUGAUGAGGUGGAUUCCAUAUGAAGAGAAUAUAAAAUGGGCUGUGGUUGUUAAUCCGUUCAGGAGUGAUACUUGCGAUAAACUUGACAUUUCAGUUGGCGAUGAUGUAUUUAUUUUGCGACAAUGUGAAGAUUGGUUUUAUGGAUUUAAAAUGAAUGUCUGUUCGAAGUUUGGCGUGUUUCCUAAGGCAUGUGUCGCAUUUAAACGGGAUGAUCUAUCUGAUGGGGUCAGUGCUGAGUUACGGAUGAUGGUAGAAAAAUUAAUAUCCAUGUUUGUGUCAGGAAAAUAUGGCAGGAUGAGUAAACACUGUAUGGCUCUUCGUGAUGUUGUUAGUUUGAAGUACGCCCUUUCGGGAAGAAUAACAAAGUUUGACAUUAUUGCUAGCCUAAGAAAGCUUCACACUCAUAUGUCGAUGGUACAGAGUAAACUAUUUUUGCCAUUCAUCAUUCGGGAUGAGAAUUUUAAAUACAUCAAUCCGUACUCCAUAUCUCCCAUAGACUUACACUGGAAGCACAAAAAGCUUAUAAAAGAGCUUGAAGAUUCAGAACUGUCUGCUCAAUGUCCUGCAUAUCAUCCUUUCAAUCUGCGCGUUCGUUUUAAAAAUUUACCUAAAGCAUUUCUAACAAUGUACUUAGUAAGUCAAGUCUUACAAAGCUCUCAGAAUGUAGUCAGUUCACCAGCUAAUUUAAUUCCAAACUUGGAUAUGAAUUUUGCUGUCAAUGCAAGUUCCGACUGCGCGAAUUUUACCUCAUACAAUUGUAUUCAAGAUUUAUAUGAAAGUCAUGUUAGUACAAAAAAUCCUUCCGCCACUGAAUUACAACCUACAUCAUUGCUUAUGCGUUUAACCGAGGAUGUUAUACUGGAUGGUAAUGCUAAAGAUAAUUAUGAAGUUGUUUUUACUAAUCUCGACCCAUUCAAAUACAAAGAAAAACGUAUACUACUACUCGUCACAUUGACUCGUAUUGGACCGAUGCAUUUAAAGCGUACGAAAUCAGGUGGAAAGUCUAUAGCAUUAGGUGUUAAUGAAAAUAAGUCACAACAACCGAAUUCAAUGUUAAAACGUCCAGUCGGCGUUGCUUGCCUGGAUAUAACAUCUUCAAUUUUACCGUAUUUUAGUCGUUCCUCCCAGUUAUUUGAUUGGGGAUCUGGCAAAACAAUAAAAGAUGACAAUUCUAUAUUGGAUCAUAAACGUAUUGUGAAUUUCAAAUUAACUGGUGAACAGUUUUUAUCAGAAGCGUUAUUACGUGCAAUCAACGAUACACAAGUUUUAUCUUGGAGUAACAAUCAAAAUUCAGGUUAUCCUGAUAUGGAUUUAACAACAAUUUUAAGCAUUCCAAGUAUUUCAUUGGAUUCGUCAGAAGUUCCAAAAUUAGAAAUUAAUGAAAUCACAGUAUUAAAUCCUUUAGAAGGUCAUCCAUUCAAUCGUGAUGCAUUAUAUGUACGUCGUUAUGCAUCACCUUACUUUAAUGAUCCUACAGUUAUUAAUAAUAAUGGUGUAACUCAACCACGACGUGAACUUUAUGUUACUUUAAUUUCUGGAAAUUUCUCUAAAGGUAAUAAAACUAGAGAGCAUAAUAUUGAAGUGGAAGUCAACGUCGUAGAUAGUAAUGGGAAUUGGUUAAAUCUGAAUAACUCACCUGAACGUUUAUCACCUGUACACAAAUCAGUCGUAUACUAUCACAAAAAUCAGCCAUAUUGGAGUGAAUUAUUUAUAAUCAAUUUACCAUACUCACCAAUUGAAUCCUCUUGUGUAACAACAACAAUUGAUGAUGUGAAUAAUAAUCUUGAUCGUGAUAAUAAUAAUAACACUGAACGUUCUAGCCAUGAGUCACAGCAUCAACAACAGUUAUUCAGUGCAAAUCCAACUUAUCCUGGGAUGUUAGCUGGUGUACACUUGAGACUUUUAUGUCGUCAUCGAUCUACUGGACCGGGUGAUUCUGAAGGUAAAAUUCUAGGAGUUGCAUAUUUACGACUCCAGCCGAAUACAUCUGUGCCAGUUCUUUUGCCUGAUGGAGACUAUCACCUGUAUAUACAUAAGAUGGAUAUGAAUCAAGUGAAUUCAUGUCGUUAUUUAUGUCAACCAUCUUAUUGUGAAGAUGAUGGACCGAUUGCUUAUGGUUUAAGUAGUGGUUCGGGUUCUGGUUCCAGUUCUAUUGGACUUAAUACAAUAAAUUCAAAUUCAAGUGGAUUGAAUAAUAUUCUAUCGUUUCCUAACUUUUCAACAUCAUCAUCGUCACGUAAUCGCAUGGAUACAUUACACAUACAAACACUUGUUUGUAGUAGUUAUCAUACUACUGAUGAAAAUUUAACUAAAGUUAUACUAUGGCGCAAUUAUCAAGACGAUAUUAUAAUGUGUUUACAUCAAGGUAUUUAUUUGUCCCGAAAAGAUAAUGAAUUAAGAAAAUUCACUCGUUCAUUAAUUGACAAUAUGUUGCAACUUCUUAUGACUACCAUGGAUGAAACACAUCAACAUAUUAUCAAUUUAAACUUAGGUUACAGUCUUCUGAUGGGACUGGCUCGUUGUUAUAAGGAUUUAUCGAUUGAUUCAGUUCGACAAAAAAUAAUAUACAGUUAUUUAAAUGGGCCUGGAUUUAUAUAUUAUAAAAUACAUAUACCUUAUUUACAAUUAUUAAAUGCUAUGGUAUGUGAAAUUGUCUAUCCAGCAUUGUAUCAAAAUCAUCAUCCUUCACCUAAUUCUACUCUUCCUCAUUCAUCGUCAUCAGCAUACGCAUCUAGUGGUGUUGGUAGUACUUCUAAUCGAUACAAAGUGGAACAUCAGUUUAAUAGUAGUGUUAAUAAUCGAAAUAUUGGCAUGACACCUACAACUGGACACUUUUUUGAUUCAAAAGCUGUACAACUUAUCUUUUCAACAAUACAUUGGGCCUUUUUAAUUAUUGUUCGUUCAAGGCAUUUAGAUGUUAUGCAGUUGAAUGAUAAGGAUAAAAAAGAAGCUGAAUCAUUAUUUACACGCCAGGUCGAAUCUUUCCUGUCUGGAGUAAUUGAUGUGACUUGUCGUACUGAUGAUGUUCUACUACGCCUUAUUAUAUUUAAACAUGUGCCAGAAAUUAUUAAAAAUUUAACAAAAGUUUAUCCAAAAUUAAAAUUAUCUCAAUUCAUCGUACAAUUAUUAACACGUACAUUAGAAAGUUGUGAGUUACCAAGCCAAAAAAUUCUAACUGAAACCAUUCAUUCAACCUUAUUUACUGAUCCACAAUGUCGUCGUCUAUUAGUACCAAUAAUUCAAACCAGUUUAACGCAUGUUUUUACAUCGAAAUUGGAUAAGGUUCUCAGUUGUAAAAUUAACGAAAAUACAGCUAUAAUGGAUGUUUGGUGUGAUGUAUUGCUGUCAUUUAUGGACAGUUUUACAAAAGCCACUGCAUCAACUACAACAACAUCGAGUUCCUCAUCAUCAACCACUCAGUGCAUUGGUGAUAAUUCUGUUGAUAAUAAUCGUGAAGCUAAUCAGACCGAUGAUAAUAUUGAUAAUACUGAAGAUGAAUCUAAAGCCAUUGCCUCUGUAACAACACCAACAAGGAAAUUAUCGUUUACAUUUGACAAUUCUAAUCAGAAUUGUUCAUAUUAUGACAAUCAAUCGGAUGAAGUGUUUCAUUUGUUAAUAAAAUGUAAUUUUCUUCGUUGGACUAUGCAACAGUUGUCACGUAUUCUACUAUUUAUACAUCAACGUAAUUCUACUUUAUGUUGUGGUGAUGAUAGUAGGUCAGAUUCUCUUUCAACUACCGGUAGUAGUAGUAACGGUGGCAACGGAUUCGGUGGUGUUUCUGGUGUUGUCAGUGGCAAUAACAAAACAUUAUCAUCAUCUAGUAAGGUUUCACCUAAAAAACGCCUUAUACAUCCUUCCUAUCACCGGUUACAACCAAUUAUGGGAUGUCUAUCCACUGUACUAUUCUCUUCAUUACAAAUGCUUACAAAAUGUAGUUGGAUAAAAUUUUUUCAAUCUGUUUAUUAUACCAGUGAAGAAUGUUGCCAAUGUAAUUACUGUCAUAAUUUACAAUUAGUAAAUAUCUAUGAUUUUCUACAUGAAUUAUUCACUCUAUUCUCAUUGAUGCACUUAUAUCCUGGUUAUCCAGCGCCAAUGUUUCAGUCAAGAUCUGAUAAAUUAUGGACAGUUGGUCGUUAUUCAUGGGAUGAUGAUUAUCAUGAUGAAAGACAAUCAGAGCACUCUGACAAAAAGAAAAUAUCACAUAGGAAUUCAUCACUGACUCAUAAUCAUAAUGAUAAUAAUAGUAAUAAUAAUGUAGAACUAUUCUCUCAAUCAUGGAUUGAAAUGUUAACAUUGAUAUCAAAUGCUGAGCUAGAUGUUAUUGAAGUACUGAUUGAACUUGUUAUGGAACCAUAUUUUAUUAAUCCUAACUUAGAUAAUAAAUUUCUAUUGAUUUCUGCCCAAUCAUCGUCAUCAUUAAUAACAGCAAAUACACCAGCAGUGUGUCACACAGAACCUUGUUUAACUAGCGAUUUAAUUGAAUUAAUUGCACAAUGUUUGACUGGAUUCGCAGUGGAACAAGCUCAUUUAUGUGUAGAAGUUGUGCCGCCCGUGACUAGAAUUCGUAUUGAUCAAAGUUUAACUAAUCAGUCAAUUGAUAUGAGACAAAGAGCUUGUGAUUUACUAUUAUCGUUAUGGCAUUCUAUCGAUGAUCGAUCAAAAGUGAAUUAUAUUCACAUAUUUCUACCGAAUGUCAUCAAUAUGGCUACACUGCCACUUCCACGAAUACGCGAAAAUUGUGUUGAUUGUAUAUUGAAUGCAUUGACUAUUCAUGCACCUACUGUGGAAAAUGUUUUUGUUAGUGAAAUCGAUCGUGUUGUCCAGUGGGCUGGUACAGAUUUUGCUGCAGAUAUUCGUAAUCUUUUACAAGACGAAUUUUCUAAAAAACGCAAACCAUUACCACCACCGUCUCGUCGUUCACAUGGAACGGAAGAUUUUGAUCAUAAACAACAACGAGUGAUUAGUGAUUUUAGUAAACAAAUUGAUUGCCUACUUCAUUAUGGUAAAUUUAUUAAUCGUCCAUCACAAAUGAAUGAAAUGUUGGCGUUUUGCAAUCUAAGAGUAAGUGAUCACUUUUUUUUCUGUUUUGACUUUUGUUUUCGUUAACACUAGCUAUGCCAUCUAAUUAUUAUUCCUUUUUUACGAAUUACUACUGACGAGUAGUAACGUGUUCGUUUGUAUAAAAUCAAAAUUCUUAAUAACACCAUAUUUGUCAUUCCGAUUUUUCCUAGUUUUUUAAUAGUUUAUUGCCAUGUUAAUUUGGUUAAUCAAUAGGGAAUUAAAGACCUAGAUUUCAUACUAACGGGCAAAACGUAUCUGAAUUGUUGCUGGGUUACUAACGUUCAUUAAGAUGUGUUUACUCCAUGUAUUUUUGCAAGAUUUUUUCAAUAUCCUUGUUACUUCUUUCUGGUUCAAGUUUAUUACUGUUCAUUAAUGUUGUUCGUUGCUUUCUGAACUGGGAUUUAUGACCCUUCACACUUUUUUUGUUUAAGUUAUCAGUUUAAUCUAUGUUCAAGUGAAUUAAAUGAUUUUCUAUCAAUAUCCUCUUGUGUAUACAUAUAAAUUAUUCUGUUCUAUUUGUAGAAAUUCUACGAAUCCAUCAAUCGUAAAGAUAUGAUUUUACGUUAUUUAUAUCGACUGGAUCGAUUGCAUGCAGCAUAUUCUAACCAAACAGAAAGAGGUUAUACUUUGGAACUGAUUAGUGAAAAUUAUUCGUGGGAUGAAACCAGUGUUGAUGUGGAUGACGUAUCACCCCAUUAUGUACAAUAUGGAAAAAGUUCAUCACGAGAAUUACGUGAACGUUUAUUGCUUGAUAGUUUUGAAUAUUUAAAACAAGGUACCGAUUGGGAACAUGCAAUAGAUAUAUCGAAUAAAUUAAUACAUUUAUAUCGUGAUAUUAUGCCAAAUUAUGAACGUCUAAGUGAAAUAUUGAAAGAACAAGCUAACUUGUAUAGAACUAUUGUUACAAAUGAACAUUCACGUUUACCAUUUCGUUAUUAUUUAAUUGAAUUUUAUGAACCAACAACAUCAGCUUUAAUGAUGAUAACAAAUCGUAAAUUAAUCUACCGUACAACAUCAGAUUUAGGUGAUGUAUUAAAUAUGCUAACGGAACAAUUUCCUGAUGCAAAAAUAUUAAACCAACCAUUGACAACUACAAAUCAAUCAACAUUGAAUACAUUUUGUAUAUUUGCUAGUGGGAAUUUAGAACCAGAACCUGAAAUACCGGAACAUUUGAAUUCACGUAUUGUUGACACUAAAAUUAAGAAGUAAAUAUUUUAACCUAGUAGAAGUUUUGCUUAUUUAAUUUGCGCACAGACUCUGACACUUAGUAUUGGUUUUGAAUAGUUGGAAGUAGUCGAUAAUGAACUCCGGAUCUAGGUUUUGUUCUGAUUGACACUCGCCGGCGAGAUAUACUUGUAAUCUCGAGGUAACUGAUGCUUCCUGGUAGAUUUGAAUCUAGUAUCACACUUUCAUGAUCUAAGAUGUUACCAAUAAGGUAUUUAGGACACAAUUGGUCCCCGGCGAGACUGAAAUAUAUGAAGUUGAUUGAUCACAGUGUUGUGCCGAAUGUAUUGUUUGUCAAACCCUUCGGUAUUGAUCGAAUCACACAGAAAGCAUGAAUUCUCUCAGGAUUGUAGAUAUGUAUUACUGACGAAUGCCAUCUAGCACGAAACAUUAAUCCAAGGUUCCAUCCUUCAUCCCAGAGUUGAUGUUCACUUCGGGGCUCAAACCUGGAGCUAUUAACUUCAAACACCACCGCGUUAUCCAUUUAGCUACUGAAUUCAAAUAGCCACUAGCUUCUGCAAUGGAUUGAAUUUUAAUUCACAUAUAUUGGUUGUUUGAAUUUUCCCAUUAAUAUAUAUGACUGGAAUUGAUCAAUAUCUUUUCAUCAUAUGUUCAUCUUAUGCGGAUUGCCUCGACACUCCCAUCAAAUCACAAGCAUUUUUAAUCAGAUAUGGAAGGUGGCAAGCUGACAGAUCCAAAAUAGGACAAAGCGUCUAUCCUGGGUUCUACUACUGGCCAUCAUUCAUAUUUUCUCAAAAGUGUUUGUAAAUUAAUAGGAAUAUUGCGGCAAUUCGCACAGGAUCCAUAUAUCCCCAAAACAGACUAGUCAAUUGGAGUCCGUAACACUAACUCAAUGACUCGAAUAACUAAUACAUGAUUGUAACUUCUUUCAACUAUUCUAUGAUGUAACUCAUAUUCACUAAGUGGUUAGACCAUAAACUUUAAGUUAUUUAUUUUUUGAAUUAUGUAUUAUUUACCAAUCGACUUACUGAUAUAAGCAGUAUGAAUUUUCAGUCGAUGACCUCAUGGCAAUAAUUUGAAUGUUUCGAUGGAAAUGUAUACCAAUGGAUUCAAGAAAAAAAACGUAAAGGUUUCGUAUAUUUAAAGAAUUUUACAUAAAAAUUUCGAAACGGAGGUUUAUAUUAAUAUCAACUGAUAGUAGAAUAGUUCAUGUGAAGGAGGUAUUUUUAGACUUAGUUAAUUUAAAUAGCUAUCUGAACUCAGUAGCUAAUUGGGUUGUAUUAGCGUUUAAAGUUCAAUGUAUUGGAUUGAAAUCCCUAAGUGCAUAUCAACUUUGGGAUGCAUGUAAAUGCAACUGAUGAGUCCCAGUUAGAAAACAAAACGUGCAAAAUGGACUCCUGCUGACCAUAUUCUAUCUGUUCUGUAUUUUUG